AUGCCGUCAUUCAUAAGGUGGCUAUCCCUUCUUUCAAUACAAUGGGCGAACUCUUCGUCAGGAAACGUCCUUAAGGCCGUCGCAGCUGAAAGCCCCGACAUCCUCCAAUUAGUCGACCCACUGAUCGGAUCCAACAAUGGGGGCAACGUCUUUGCCGGGGCUAGUCGCCCGUACGGCAUGGCGAAGCCCGUGGCCGAUGUGGAUGGGCAAAAUACCGGUGGCUUUUCCACGGAUGGAAGCAAGGUGACCGGAUUCUCUACGCUUCAUGACUCGGGGACAGGAGGCAAUCCGUCCUUGGGCAACUUCCCUCUGUUUCCCCAAUACUGCCCAGAGGAUGAGAUCAAUAACUGCCAGUUUCUGAAGACUGCGCGAGCUACCCACUAUGCGAACGACUCGGUCGUCGCUCGUCCGGGCUACUUCGCCCUGUCCUUGGAUGGCGGGAUUCGGGCUGAGAUGACAUCGACGGACCACGCGGCGCUCUAUCGGUUUGAAUUUCCCUCUGCUACGACUGCAAAUGGAUCGCAGCUACAUCCGUUGAUACUGCUUGAUUUGACGGAUCUGUGGGACAGCCGACAAAAUGCCUCGAUCAGUGUAGAUGCGGAGAAGGGUCAGAUCAAAACAAAUGGCACUUUCCUGCCUAGCUUCGGUGCCGGGUCCUACGUGUCUUAUUUCUGUGCGGAUUUCGUGGGGACGUCGGUCCAUGACGGUGGAAUUUGGGUUAACAACAGAGCAGGAACUGAAAGAACGGAGCUGUAUGUCACUCGAGGAUUCAAUAAUUUCUACCUCCAAGCCGGCGGCUUUCUUCGAUUACAGAGACCCGAGAAUGGCACAGUCAAUGUACGAGUCGGUGUGAGCUUUAUCAGCACAGAGAAAGCAUGCAAGAAUGCUCAGACCGAGAUUCCUCAUCCGCUGGAAGACUUUGAAGAGGUCCGGCGCGAUACAGAAACUGCUUGGCGAAAACAACUCAGUCCGAUAUCUGUACAGUCCGGUGGCGCAGAUGAAGACAUACUCAGCAGUUUCUGGAGUGGUGUGUACCGAACAAUGCUCGAUCCUCAGGAUCUGACAGGGGAGAACCCUCUCUGGGACAGUGAUGAGCCGUAUUUUGAUUCCUUUUACUGUAUCUGGGACUCUUUUCGAGCUCAACACCCAUUUCUCACAAUUAUCGACCCUAAUACGCAAUCUAAGAUGGUACGGAGCCUUCUUGAUACAUACAAGCAUGAAAAUUGGCUUCCGGAUUGCCGUAUGAGUCUCUGCAAAGGCUGGACCCAGGGUGGCUCGAAUGCCGACGUCGUCCUAACAGACGCUUUUGUGAAAAACCUAACAGGGAUCGAUUGGGACCUAGCAUACGAAGCGAUGGUUAACGAUGCCGAGAACGAGCCCCUAGAAUGGUCCUAUGAAGGCCGCGGUGGUCUACAGAGCUGGAAGCGCGUCAACUACAUCCCGUAUUUGGACUUUGACUAUCUAGGUUUUGGCACCAAUUCUCGCAGCAUAUCCCGGACGGUGGAGUACUCGUACAAUGAUUUCUGUCUGUCGACUGUGGGCAAGGCUCUUCACAAGGACGAAUAUACGAGAUACCUUGGCCGAGCUAGCAACUGGAAAAACAUCUACAAGUCCGACCAAACCUCCUCAAUCAAUGGCACCGAUACGGGAUUCGUCGGCUUCUUCCAGCCAAGGUACUUGAACGGGACAUGGGGAUAUCAAGAUCCAAUUGCCUGCAGCGCGCUUGCGUCGUGGUGCUCCCUUACAAGCAACCCCUCCGAGACAUUCGAGUCUAGUGUAUGGGAAUAUCAAUUCUACGUCCCCCACGACAUGGCCUCAUUAAUCGACCUCCUCGGCGGCCCCGACACCUUCGUCUCCCGCCUCGACUUCUUCCACACCUCCGGGCUAGCCGACGUGGGCAACGAGCCCGUCUUCCUGACCGUCUACCAAUACCACUACGCGGGGCGACCCGGGCUCUCAGCGCGCCGCGCACACAACUACAUCCCCUCACGCUUCAACGCUACACAUUCCGGACUCCCAGGAAACGACGACUCGGGCGCCAUGGGCGCCUUCGCCAUCUUCUCGAUGCUCGGCCUCUUCCCGAACCCAGGACAAAACGUGUACCUGAUCAUCGCGCCGUUCUUCGAGGCCGUUAGCAUCACCCAUCCGAUCACGAACAAGACCGCUACGAUCCGGAACGUGAACUUUGAUCCGUCUUACCAAGCGAUCUAUAUCCAGAGUGCCACGUUGAAUGGGAAAAAGUAUGAGAAGAACUGGAUCGGUCAUGAGUUCUUUACGGAGGGUAUGACACUGGAGUUGGUUCUUGGGGACACGGAGAGUGAUUGGGGGAGGGGCGAGGAUGAUCUUCCUCCUAGUUUGAGCUCGAGCUCGGGGGCGCAGGGGCAGGAUGUAUCGCAGUUUUGGGACUGA